AUGCUUCGAGGAUUGAGUCGCUUUCUGUUACUAUUCGCUUAUUAUUUACGAUACCUUAACGAAGCAACGACAAAUAGAAAGGCAGUUACGGUGAUGGAUAUAACUGAUAAUUCUAGUUUGAUGGGUAUCCGGGAAGUUAGGCGUGUCACUUCUUUAGAAAAUUGCUUAAACGUUUGCCAAAGAUGUGUCGGUUUGGUUCACUAUCCGGAUAAUACUUGUAUCAUUUUCAACAAGCUUGACCGAGUUGUUUUUUCAUCAUUCGGUGCAACUUGUUGCUUUGCCGUUGAAAAUCAGGAUGAAAUGGAAUAUGAGAUGGAAGGUCCAACGAAUAUUCUUUAUGUUUGGACACGCAAUCCGCAAACAAAUUUAUCGUAUAAGGUAAUUCCAUAUGACUGUCAGCAGACACCUUUCACAUACGAAAAUCUUUGUAAGAAAGAGAAUGGACAUUUGGCUUCAAUACAUUCACAGCAGGAAGAUUCCUUUAUUAGCGGCCUUGGAAUCAGAAGUUGCCAUUGCAAACAUAUCGGCCUCUAUUCCAUGGCAACACGAGCUGAUUCCUUUUAUUGGCACGAUGGUACCGCGGUGGAUUACUUAAAUUGGAAAAUCAAUGAACCGCACGGUAGUGGACCGCUCUGUGCAUAUAUUUGGCAAACGAACGGAUGGAUUAGCGGAAAAUGUACCGAUAGUGGAAGUGGUUGCUGUGCUGUCUGUCAGAAGAAUGAUUGA